CUUCUGAAUGACAUCAUAACUCAGCACCACUUUCCAAUAUGGCGUCUAGCCGGCUGCCGGAGAGGGCUGUACCGGAGGAGCCUUUCUGCGCACACAAAUACUCUCUGCUGAUCAUCACCGGGCCGAUUAGUCACCCGGACCAAGCCGGACUCAUCCACAGAGAGAUUGAACGAGGGGUCCGGUCGUGGGACGUGAGCCUGAGGUCGUGUAACCUGAGCCUCUACCUCCAGGAGUUCCUCACCCACCACAUCGUGUCCCUGAAGGGCCCAGGUCACAGGUGUCUGCGCCACAGCACCAGUGUGUUGGACACCCAGGUGCUGAUCAGCCCCGCCCAGGAGCAGGUGCACUCGGAGGUAUGCAGCCUGCUAGACAGUGAUUCUGCCCACAAGCUGCUGGUGUUGGCCGGGCAGAGUGUCGAGGAGACUGGGGGUCUGCUGUUACACAAGGGGCUCUUCUCCUCCCAGCAUCUGAGGAGCAUCCUCACAGAGCAGCUCAGCGACAGAGGAUCCUCCCCUUUCUCGCGGAGGCGUUCCUCCAGGUACACCCUGACCCUCAGCUGCCCCAACGUGGGCACCUGGAGGGACACCUUCUCGGGCAGCCAGCCGCCGGGCCACCCCACCCUCAGCAUCAACCCCCCGGAGGUGCUGCCCGCCAUGGAGGCCCUGGGGGAGUUCACGUCCCUGGUGACGGGCUCCCUGCACCCCUCGUCCCCCUUCGAGGUGCUGCCCCCGCCCGGCACGGUGGGCUUCCUGAAGCUGUCGCGGCCCUGCUGCUACGUGUUCCCGGCCGGCCGCGGCGACUGCGCCUUCUUCGCGGUCAACGGCUUCACCAUGCUGCUGGACGGGGGCUCCGACGCCCAGGCCUGCUUCUGGAAGCUGGUGAGGCACCUGGACCGCGUGGACGCCCUGCUGGUCAGCCACAUCAGCACCAGCAGCCUGGCCGGGGUCAACACCUUCCUGGAGAGGAAGGUGGCGGAGAUGGAGCUGGGCGGGCCGGACGGCAAAGAUGACCUGACGAAGAGGCUGAUCUCCCCGGAGCUGGGCGUGGUGUUCUUCAACGCCCCCUGCAGCCUGCACACGGACCAGCAGCCAAGUGUAGACAGUGUCCUGAAAAGUGCAGAUCAGGCGACUUUGACCAUAAGGUUGCUCAAGAAACUAGAAAUAGUUCCGCAGCCGAUGUUCCGACCAGCAGGGGUCCCCAUCGAGCCCAUGACUCUGUUCCAGAAGAUGGGCGUGGGCCAGCUGGAGCUCUACAUCCUCCACCCGGGCAAAGCCAGCCCGGAGUACCAGGCGCUCAUGCAGAGCUGGCCCGACCGAUCCAACCCUUCCUCCCAGACCCGAGCUCUCCCCCUCCCAGCCAUGACCUCUGUGUGCGCCCUCCUGGUGUGGCACCCGGCCUGUCCUCAGGAGAAGGUGGUCAGGGUGCUCUUCCCUGGUGCCACUCCACAAGGGAAGCUCCUGGAAGGGCUGGAGAAGCUCAGGGGCCUGGCAUUCCUCCAGAAGCCCACCGUGACCACCGGGGACCUGGAGGUGCAGAAGGAACACAAGCAGGCCAAGAGAACGGCCAGCCAGGACAGUGUGAAGGAGGUACCUCCGAGGGUGGGUAAGGAGGAGGCGAAGGAAGGCCUUGCUAAAGAGAAAGCGAAAGUGGUGAACGGUAGUGCCCUGAAGGAGGAGGGGAAGAAGGAGCCGGAGAAAAACAAAGUCAGAAACGGAAACGUCAAGCCGAAAUCAGCGACCACCGAGAAGAACGUGGUGAAGAAAGGAGGAGGCAGGGAUGUGAAAAAAGACAAGGAGGCGGGGAAGAUAGAGGACAGCGGUCCUAAGAGACGGGAACAAGGGAAGAAGGAGGUUCCGCCCUCCAAGCCAAAGAACGAGAACAAAGCGAAACCCAAAAAGGAAGCGAAAAAAGACACUAAAACGCUAGGUAAGAAACCUAACAAACCGUCAGGAAAAGAGAUAAAGACAGGUUCUAAUUUGAUGGCCAAGAAAGCCAGCCUGAAUAAUGAACUCCAGAAGACAGAGUCGGCUCCUUCCAACACAGAGGAGUUGUCCCGAACCCUCAAGGCAGAGAGCCCUGCCGAGGAGCCCAAGAGAGACAACCCCUCAGACCAGAACCACUCUGGAUCCAGAAGGUCCACCCCUGAAGACAUCACAGAGGACCUUCUCAAGCUUCGGGGAGAAAGCGUGCGAGAGGUGACCAUCAGUGAAGUCGGACAUGACUCCGAGAUUAUAGGAGUUCAAAUUGGUGAGAGUGAGACCAAGAUGCUGGUUCUGGAUCAAGACCGAGCCGUAACCUCCCUGACAGGGAAGGGCCCCGCUGAGGUUACGGCCGAGAAGCUGGCCAAGGCUGUCAGAGUCGAAGGCUUCCCCGGCCCUUUAAACAUGUGCUCCCAGAGCGACCAGACAGACCUGACCCCGACGGAGUACACCCUGCUGGACGGGGCCCUGAAGAGCAGUCCUCCCUCCGGGUCCUCGGGGGACAACCCGGCGACGGCCAGCCCGGACGAGGCCACGGUGGGGCACACCUCCUCGGAGUCUCGGGCCAACAGCGCGGGCCACACGCCCUACUGUCUGUCCCCCGACGACGUGUGGUGCAACAGGGACAAGCUGAGCCGACUCCAGGGCCAGAUGGCUCGCUCGGAUGACCCGACUGACGCCCUUCAGCCGCCGGUGCCUCCGGUCUCCGCCGUCGACGGUCAGCAGGGUGAGGGCCAAACCACAUUCAACCCGAGGGAGAAGACCUUGACCACCCUCUCGCUGGGAACCUUUAAAGAAUCGGCGGGCCCCGAUCCGUCGACCUCCGUCACCACCACCACCACCACGCACUCCAUGCCGGCCGAGGCCAUCUCCCCCCAGUCGACCGAGGUGGACGAGUCCCUGUCCAUGUCCUAUGAGAAGGGCUCGAUCGCGGUCAGCCAGCGCGACGGGGAGGACAGUCUGCACCACUCCGUGUCCAACGGCAGCCACUGCGUGGACACCGAGUUUAGGGUGGGGAUGUCUUUACCGCUGAAGAAACCGCCCCGCUCUCUGGGCCAGGGUUUGGAUAUGGGAAGGCCCCCAGGCCAUGGCAACCUCCAUUUUGAGUCGGAGGCCCAUGAUGUGGACCUGUGUCUGGUUUCGCCGUGCGAGUUCAAACACUUCAAACCGACGGACCCGGCAUCAACAGCCGGUGACCGGCAUGAGGGGAACGCCGUGGUGGCGGGCCCCCAGCACCACGGCAACAACAACAGCCAGCGGGACAUGUCGCUCAGCGAAUCAAACGCCCCCCACUGCACCGAAGACUGCCCCUCGACCACGGCGGACGGGGGUCUGGAUUCAGACGAGGACGAGUCGUGCAGCGAGCCCACCAGCUCCCUCAACGACCCCCACGCCCACCAGAACCUACCCCCCGACCCCCCGCCGGCCCCUUUGAGGGACGGACCGCCGCCGCCCCCGCAGCCAGACUCCUGCAUGCCGGUUCCUCAGUCGGACCCCGAGGUCCACGGCAGGGGGGCCAAAACGGCGGGAACGAGAGGGAAAAAAUACACAGGGGUGUCGGAGGCCUCCCUCCGGGCCGGGCCGACAGGAGGGUCAGCCCAGGGAGGGAAGAGCAGAGUGGUGGGGGGGCUCGGCGGUGGGCUGGGGAGAGGACCCCCGCGUACCUCUGGAACUAAGACCACACCGGCCAAAGCUUCAGCCAGCCCUGAACCAGGGCAGCCGGGCUGCGAGGGCCCGCUCAGCGUGCACGUGGACCUGGCCUACCUCCCCUCCGGAGCGUCCUCCGCCACGGUCGACGUGGACUUCUUCACCCGCGUGCUCUCCUCCUGUUACAUCAUCAGCGGGGACGGGCCGGAGAGGGAGGAGCUGAUGAGGCCGACGCUGGACGCGCUGUUGGACGGCAAGGCCACCUGGAGAGAGGCCGCGCAGGUGACGGUGAUCCCCACGUUCGAGUCGGCGGCCAUGCAGGCCUGGUACCAGCAGACGGUGGAGCGGCAGAAGGAGCUGGACGUGGUGGUGCUCGGCUCCAACAGCACCGUGGCCAUGCAGGACGAGACCUUCCCCGCCUGCAAGAUCGAGUUCUGAAGGGAGGGGGGGGGAGGGAGGGAGGGAGGGAGGGAGGGAGGGAGGGAGGGAGGGGGAGGGAGAGAGAGAGAGAACUGAAUACAGAAUCAAAUCCUUUUGCCGAAGAGGAGAGAGAGAGAGAGAGAGAGAGAGAGAGAGAGAGAGAGAGAGAGAGAGAGGCAGAGAGACAGAGGUGGGGGGGUUGUCUGAAGCAGGGAAGGGAGCGAGCAGUGAGUAAGAGUUUUGAAGCUCAACAAAGUUACACACACAUCUCUGACUACACACACAGCUCUUACUAAUCAAUUGACAACCUAGGAGUCGUUAAUUAUUCAGAGAGAGGGAUCUUAGGGCGUGGAAUUACAGCAUGUCAAAUCUUGACCUAUGAUCCUGUGGUGAUCAGGAGAGGAGAAUAUCCCAAGGUGGGUAUAAGCAUGUGAAUAGGUUUUAACUGUACAGCGAAGAUAUAAACAUAGUCCUAAUCCCAACAGAAUGUAACAUCUAAACUGUGACACUUAUGGUCGCUUUAUUCAAUACUUUUAGAGGCAUCUGCACUCCUUUAUCGUGAUAACAUCCAAAUCCUUUCAUUUGAUUCAGGUUGAUUUAUUAAUUUUGAGAUCCAUUAAGAUGCAAUUAAACAAACUUAAAUUAACUGUUCAGUAACUUAAAUCAGAAGUAGUUUAGUACAUAUGUGUAGAUAAAAAAUACUCUAUUCCUGCCUGAGUACCAGUCCAUAAGUUUCCCCAUAAAUAUAAGUGAUAGAAUACCAAUCAUUGAAUAGUAUUCGUCAUGGAAUUAGAAAAUCCUGCUUGUAUGACUUUGCUGUAGGACGGUUAAGGCCGAAGUCAACUGGAACUCAAUCAUAACUUAUUAUUUAUGAAUUGUAAUUAUGACGGGUUCAUAACACCACGAAACAGAAAGGAUAAUCGUUGAUCUUACAUUUGAUGAAAAUAAAUCACCUGUUGAUGUACUGAACGUUGUAUGUUUACGGAGUUUGUUUAGUGAAAAACAGUGUAUGAAUCAACGCUUUAAAUCUUAAUGUAUGCCACUAUACGCGUGCAUCCAGUUUCACUAUAUGGCCUAUGGAAGGGAUAGCUUUAACUGGUGGCCAAAUCACUCGACAAAAGACUGAGGAAUCCUCCCCUGUAAGCACUUCAGACAACAAAUCAACAAAUUGCAAGAGAAAAAGAAAAUUGAUGAUGAAACCAACAAAUCCUGUUCGAAAAAGUCUAAGAGUAGGUGUCUCGCUUUGAUGUAUAAUUAAAAUGAAUACAAAACUAAAUAAAAAGUCAAUAUAAACGAUUACUUACAGUGAGACUGCCAGUCUGGAGGCUUUUAGGGUUGAUAUAAUUUCAUAGUUGUCUAUCUACCGUUAAGCAACGACAGGCAAAUUCAACCACAUAGUUCUAAUGCAAACCAUGAACUGGAGGCGUGAAAGUGGGUCACGUUCUUCCUCAGAAGUGAAACGGGAAGGCCUACCAUUGUGUCUUGCAUGUUUUAUCUUGUUCCACAAGGCCGGUCUGAGUGCACGUGGAGAGACACCAGGCUAGGUGUGGAACUGAUUGACAUUUCAGUCUGGGCGCCUCUGACAAAGUGAAUUUGUGUGAAGAGAUUAAAGAUUGUGUCACCAUCUGUUUCUGAGCUGUGUUUGCCUGUUCCCAUAAUCAUUGAACAUCUCCCACUAAGUGAUAUUAUAUUGAUAGCAUUGAUUGAUUUGUUAGUUAUAAUAAAACGCCUAAACAAUUAUGUUA